CUAAACUUGGAAAAGUCGAACCUUUGUCCCACCCAAAACAUUCGGUUUCUGGGGUAUCUACUCAGUUCUACAGAACAGAAAACAUUUCUUCCACAAGAAAAAAUUCAAAACCUCAUCACGAGGGUAGGUUCUAUUCAGAACAAUCUACUCAUCACAAUCAGAGAACUGAUGUCGGUUCUGGGACUGAUGACGUCAUCGAUUCCGGCAGUCCAGUGGGCAAAAUUUCACCUAAGACCACUUCAGAUUUUUCUCUUAAAGAAUCAAAGAGGAGAUCUGGAUAAAGCUGUGUUGCUCCCAACAUCAGUAAAAAGAUCGCUAUGGUGGUGGAGAACCCACACAAAUCUAAACCAAGGUCUGGCUUGGUCAUUCCAGGUAUCCCAGAAGUUGACAACGGAUGCGAGCAGUUGGGGUUGGGGAGCUCACCUGGCGGGGCAACCUGCUCAGGGGAGAUGGUCCCCAGAGGAAACCAAACAAUCCUCAAAUUGGAGAGAGCUCAUGGCAAUAGCCAAAGCCAUGGAGGUUUUUCAGAACCAGCUGAGGAGUCACCACAUCCUGGUACUGUCAGACAAUGCCACAGCAGUGGCUUAUCUAAACAAACAAGGGGGCACAAGAAGUCCCUCUCUAAGUUGCAUCUCCAACCAGAUAUGCCGGUGGGCAGAAGGGAACUUACUUUCACUAAGUGCAGUUCACCUGAAAGGGGAAGACAAUCAAGUGGCGGACUUCCUCAGUCGCCAGGAGAUCUCCCAGGAGGAAUGGGCAUUACAUCCAGAGGUUUUCAAAGAGAUUACAGUCCGCUGGGGAGUCCCAAGUGUAGACCUGUUUGCUUCGAGAAAGAAUACUCAGGUGAAGUAUUUCUUCUCUCUAAACCAGCAAGACCAUCCGCUGGGAAUAGAUGCUCUCCAGAACUCCUGGAACUUCAGGAUGUGCUAUGCCUUCCCUCCAGUUCAUCUGAUCCCAAGAGUGAUAAAAAAGUUUCUUCAAGAACAAACGAAACUCAUACUAGUUGCACCAUACUGGCCCAAGAGAGCCUGGUUCUCCCAGCUCCUCAGUCUCUCAGCGGAAGAACCAUGGCUUCUACCUCACAGGACAGACCUGAUGUGUCAGGGUCCACUAACCGGCCUAAAGCAAGAACAUUUCAAGUGGGCGGCCUGGUUACUGAAGAGGACCUUUUAAGAUCAAAGGGACUCUCAGAAAGGGUAGUAAAAACGCUUCUGAGUGCCAGGAAGCCGAACACCAGAGCCAUCUAUAGAAAGGUUUGGAGAAGAUUCAACAGUUGGUGCACAGAGAAUCAAAGACAGAGAAUGGACACUCCAACGGUCCUUGAAUUCUUACAACAAGGCGCUGAUAAAGGGCUAGCGCUCAGUACACUGAAGGUGCAGGUGGCAGCACUUUCAGUGUACCUAGAAAGGACACUACAAAAGGACCCUUUGGUCUCUCGAUUUUGCAGAGCAUUGGCAAAACAUAAAAAAACCAAAAUUAGAAAGUGUCCCACAUGGGAUCUAUCGGUGGUGCUUAGGGGGAUUAUCAAAGGUCCUUUUGAACCACUUCAAGAAACAUCCUUGAGAUUACUAACCUUAAAGACGGUUUUUCUUGUGGCCAUUACCACGGCAAGAAGAAUUGGAGAAAUUCAAGCCUUGUCAGUAAAAGAACCUUUUUUAAAGAUCUAUGAUGAUAGAAUAGUUCUUCAAACUGAUCCGGGAUUCGUGCCAAAAGUGGCAUCAACUUUUCACAAGUCCCAGGAUAUUGUGUUACCUUCUUUUUGUACUUCUCCAAAAAACGACAAGGAACAAAAUUUAAGUUUUCUAGACGUCAGACGGUGUCUACUUCAAUAUCUAGAAGUAACCAAUGAGUUUAGAUUAUCAGAUAAUUUAUUUGUGUUGUAUGCCGGCCAACAAAAGGGCAAACAGGCGUCCAAAAAUACGAUCGCCAGAUGGAUUAAGGCAGCUAUCCUGGAGUGCUACAAUGUGAUGGAAAAAACACCUCCAGAAGAUCUUAAAGCUCACUCUACAAGAGCUUCAGCAGCCUCGUGGGCAGAAAAAGCAGGGGCCACUCCAGAACAAAUAUGCAAAGCUGCAACAUGGUCAAGAUUUUCGACUUUUGUACAACAUUACAGGCUGGAUCUGAUUUCCAGCCAGGACCAGGCUUUUGGGAGGAAAGUCCUCCAGGCUGUUGUCCCGCCCUAGAUCUGGUGAGUUCUUGAUUAUCCUCUCAAGGGCUGACUUGGAAGACGACUGGGGAAAAAGAAGAGUUAGAUUCUUACCGGUAACUCUGUUUCCAGUAGUCUUCCAAGGCAGCACGAUCCCACCCUUAAAUGUCUAACCUUGUGGGGUUGUGUUGUGUAUUCUAUAUCAUUUCAGAUUCCGGCCUUCGGUUCUCGGGGAUGACUGACCAGGGACCUGAGGGACCGCCUCUUAAAGGGAGGAAAAAUUAUUGGCAACGUGUUUCCUAAAUUGUGAGGAGGAGCUCCAUCUCUCAAGGGCUGCCUUGGAAGACUACUGGAAACAGAGUUA